AUGGCUUCCAUCGAACACUGUCUCUAUUGCUUCGAGGCCCUCGCUUCGCACCUCGAGCGCCGCAAGGGCCGCUCCCUCCACGAGAUCCAGCAGUCCUGGGCCGAGUACGCCAAGUCGCAGCCCGAGACGGGCGGCAAGAAGCAGAUGCCCGCCCUCCAGCGCCUGACCGAGCCGUCAAGCGACGCCGGCUCCGCCUCGUCCGGCUCCUCGAGCAGCGCGUCCCUGUCCGCCGACACGCCGGCCACGUCGACGGCCUCGCUGCCGUCCCUCGUGACCGAGUCGCCGCUCUUCGUGACCUGGAACACCGUCGCCGGCGGGCCGUCGCGCCACCGCUCGCUGCGCGGCUGCAUCGGCACCUUUGAGGCGCAGGACCUCGACGCCGGCCUGUCCGAGUACGCCCUGACGUCGGCGCUGCACGACACGCGGUUCCCGCCCGUGGCCGCGUCCGAGCUGCCGACGCUCGAGGUCGCCGUGACGCUGCUGACCGACUUUGAGGACUGCGAGGGGGCCAUGGACUGGACGCUCGGCGUGCACGGGCUGCGCAUCAGCUUCGCGGCCAAGGGGCGCCGCUACGGCGCCACCUACCUGCCCGACGUCGCCGUCGAGCAGGAGUGGACCAAGGAGGAGACGCUCGUGAGCCUGAUGCGCAAGGCCGGCUGGACGGGCCGCAAGGACACCUGGCAGGACGUCGAGCUCAAGGUCGUGCGGUACCAGGGCAAGAAGGAGAGUCUCGAGUAUGAAGAGUACAAGAAGUGGCAUGACUUUGCAUCGCGGAGCAAGAAGACGAGGACCGGCUAG